UCCAACAAUGCAAACACCAUCCAUAUUCGGAAUGUGGUCAAACUGGUCAUCUGGACACGUUAUUAGUAAGUAGUCUCCAUGGUUACGGCUGUCAUGAGGGGGGUUUAUCACGUGUAUAAAUGAUCUUGUAAGUGCAAUAACAGCUUAGAAAACCCCUCCAUGUCUCUGCAAACAUGGCCCUGCUCUCUGAUAAAAGCCAGUCUGUUUGGUCGCUUCACCUUCUCGAACCUGGACAUACAAAUUAAGGGGAAUUAGUCAUUUAUUUAUGAGCUUUAUGGCUGAGUCUCGGGUCAUUUUCACCUUUCCUUUGUGUUUUUUUCUUACCACCAUUGUCAAAUCACGGGCCAAUCAUCUCCCGGUGUUUGGCGAAUACAGGGACCAGGCUGUCAUCAAAGGCAGCGGGAUCUCCCUUUAUCACCCACAGCCCACGCAGGUGUGGAGCUCAGUCCACUCUCACUAAAAUAUGACCAUAGCAGGAGCUCUGCGACUCUGGAUCCUCCUCGCCCUCCACCUGAGGUGCGCGGCGCCGCUCGCCAUCCCUCGGGGCAGAGGGGCGGCGGAGCGGCGGGUCCGCGCGGACCAGGAGACGAGGACCGCGGGCGAGCGUCUGGACGCGCUGCUCCACCUGAAGGAAUCGCUGCGCGGUCCGGCUACUGCUCCGCACAAGAAGGCGCCGCAGUUCAUGUUGGAUCUUUUUAACGCGGUGUCGGUUUCAGAUGGAUCACCGAAGAGCCAGAAAGACAUUUUGGAAGGAAACAUAGUGAGGAGCUUUGAGGAUAAAGGUCACACAGGAGAGAGGUUUCACUUCUUCAACCUGUCGUCUUUCGGCAAAGAGGAGAGAAUGAUCAAAGCAGAGUUCCGUUGGUUCAGAAAGAAACAGAAGUUUUACCUCGGAAAGUCAUACGGACCUCAUUUCUAUAAGGUGGAUCUGUAUGAGGUGCUGGACAGCAGAGUGAAGCCGUGGAGAGGAAACCUCAUCACGUCCAGACUGGUGCCACUCUACACUCAGGGAUGGGAAGUCUUCAACGUCACUCAAACAGUGUCUAAGUGGAUCCGGAACAGUCAGGAGAACAACGGCAUCCUGGUGGUGACCACACUUCCUUCUGGUAACUGGAUGGAGUCGGUGGUAUCGUCGUCAUCCAAGCAGAGCGGAGAGCUGUCUGACGCUAACUCCUACCUGGUCAUAUUCUCUGAUGACGGGAGGACAGGAGCGUCCAACCAGUCAUACCUGGGUCAAGGUCGACCUCCAGCAGCAGCACCUGCGCAUCACGACCACAGCAGCAGGAAGAAACGUGCGUCUCCCGGUUCCUCCUCCCACGGCCACUCGCAGCCCUGCCAGCGGGUUCCUCUCUUUGUCGACUUCGAGGAGAUCGGCUGGUCAGGCUGGAUCAUCUCUCCCCGUGGAUACAACGCCUACCACUGCAAAGGCUCCUGUCCGUUCCCGCUGGGCGGAAGCCUCAGAGCCACCAACCACGCCACGGUGCGCUCCAUCAUGCACGCGCUGAGGCUCUCUGCUGAUGAAGUGGGAGCGCCCUGCUGCGUACCCGACAAACUCCAGUCCAUCAGCUUGUUGUACUUUGACGACGAGGAGAACGUGGUCUUGAAGCAGUACGACGACAUGGUGGCACUAAGCUGCGGCUGCCACUGAAGCUUUCCUUUUUAACGAUGAGCGGACAAUGAUGGGGAUGAUGGGGGAUGAUGGCUUGAGGGAGCUGAUUUAAAACACUGUAUUUUUGUGAAAAUGUUUAUUUAUUGUAUUAUUUUUGAG